AUGUCGAGAAGUUAUGAGAACGCGAACUACCAAUCAACUUUUCUCCACAAGGAAGAGAAAGAUGUUGGACCUUUUUAGAUUUUUGACAAAGUCCUUCGUCCCCUUUAGAUCGUGGCCGAUCUUCAACUUUUCCUUAGGCCAGCUUUGAAAAAAUUGUUGACUUAUCUCGAAGGUCAUUUGGAGGAUUACCGCUCAUCUUGCAGAGACCUUUCCAUUUAUACCGGCCUCUCAGGUAAGUCAUAUUUACCAAAAAAAUAAAUGGUGCAUUUGGUGCCAUUUUUAGGCUUUUUUACUGAGUCAAGUGUCGUUAACCACGCUCUUAUUUUUUAUUGGAGAAGUUUCGGCUCGGCUCUGCCAGUUUUAUUGAGGAAACCGUAGGCGUAAGUCUUUGAGCAUAGCAGUUGUGGUGUUGAACACGGUACUGUGUACAUAAUGGCCGGGUGAAGUUAACUUUGGUCUCAUGUCGUCCAGACUUAUCUUGAAACAGACAUCGGCCGACAUCCUCAGUAAAAAUUUUCAACGAUGGUGACAACAUCUGCGGAGAUAACAGUCCAUGGUUUGACCACGGUGGUAGAGGUAGACGUUUCUCGUAUCCAGCCGUGCUCGUUAAACGCGAGAUGUUUGUAAAAGAUCUCCAUGCAUUUGCAUAUAAGUAAAAGGUAGGAGCUUUCAACUUAAUAGGCGCGUCCCAAAAGGCAAAUGCUUUUCUAAAUAUUUUGAGAUUCGACUGGCGGGCCUAUUUUCUAUGUAUCUUAGUUUGGAGAGAUGUUUCUAUCGAGGACCGCAACAUUUUCGUGGUCUAUCUAAAGGAUUGAAUACGGGUUGUUGUGUAAUUCACUACGUAAACAUUUCUAGUGCUCUUGCUACGGCUGACCCUUUCCCAUUAGUGAGAGAAGUAACCCAUACUACAACCUUAGGCCUCAGUCCGAGCCGCCAAGUUGUGGUAUUUUGCCGCUUCUCACACUCGAUAUGUGAAGUUUAUGUUUAUUUCAAUUAAAUUUUGCUGUAGUCUUCGAAAAACCACUUUACGAUUCAUAUUUUGUAUUAUUUCUCACCAUAAAUUUUAUACAGGUAUGUCAGAUAGUGUCUCAAUACCGGUUGAUCGGUUAAACUAAGCAUUUUAAUCUUAAAAAAUAAUGUAAAUUAGUUAGUUUUAUAUGAGUUUCUUGAGUAACUGCAGGUUUUUUUCAUCGUGGCGUUUGGAUUCGUUCUGCUAGUCUGCACAACUACACACAUGCUUGAGACCAGGCUUGAAUCACCACUUUUUGGUAGCAAUCCUUCGUAGAUGUAAGGGCAACUAUUUACUUCAUUCCUCAUCGAAAGUUCUACGCUCACCUCUGAUGUCUUUUCAAGGAAUCCUCCUUCUUGGUUUGCGUCUGAAACAAUCGCCAGAUCUCGUCAGUGCAUUGCAGUUGGAGGAUUUUGUCACUCGCGCUCAGUCUCUUGUUGUAGAGACGGUGCAUAACCGCGAGAAAUCCAAACUUUCCAAAAAUGUUAGCGUUCUCACAAGCGACUAUGUGGGGCCCUGCCUCGUUGGAGCCCUGUUUCAUCGCGAACAAAUUGCUGAGCCUGCGAUAAAGAAGGCCUGCUCCGCCUGCUUUGACAAGAUUGUAAAAUGUGAGCGGUAUGCCACCGCGCCAUCCUCCUCAGACAUGCCGAACGAACUUCUCUAUGGUCGGGCCGGCUACCUCGCUUGCUUGCUGCUACUUCUAGAUGCUGGCUACGAUGUGCCUGUAAAUUGUAUUAGUACUGUAAGUGACUUUUUCAGUCCAACCCAUUCCUCUUUUAUGUAUAUCGCGUUUGCGUCAUGGUUCUCCAGCAAGUAAUUUUUUCCAAGGUGUGUCAUGAAGAUGGUGGUGUACCCCCUUCGAUUUUGUGCGUUGACAUGCCUUCACACAUGCAGCUAGAGUGAAUAAAGUUCCAAACGGUUAUCCCAUGUUACUCAGUUGUCCCGAUAGCUGACUCGGUAAGGAAGAACCUGGUCUCAUUUCAUGCGGUCAUAUGUGGGUUGUUUGCCGUGCUCCAGAUAUGGAGGCAUAACCUCGAGAAGACCUUUAAUCCGAGACAAUGUCAGAUAGGAUGUCAUUUAGAAAUUGUUGGAGGGUUCAACUGAAGAGGACAACCAAAAGAAUGAAGGACAGCUGCCUCGGCUGCUUGAAAUUCAGUUACUGAGUUAGAUGCUGGCCGAGGUUAGACUGGGGGACACUGGUUAUUUUGAUUCGAUCCUUCCUUCAGGUGUCUUAAGUUGAGACACCUGAUGCUGGAAUCUUCAUCACUUUCUCCAUUGACGACAGAAAUCACUAAGCCUUUGGCGUGGACACGGAUAAGGGAUCGAGUUUUUUUGCCCUUCUACUUUCUAUUCUGGCAGAGGUUGCUGUUUUUUUACUAUUGGUACUUGGCUUGUUCCAUUGUCUACUUCGGCGACUUAACACAUUCGGAUAGUAGUUAAGGCAACUGUACCCCAAAGAUAUUUUUCUGGACUUCAGACUAUACCUAAACUACAAGCGGAUGCUAUAAAUUCCCGCCUGUUUUGGGUGCUGUCAUAUUUAAUGUGUGGUCCGAAACACCCUUCAUGUUAUCCUCCUGUCAUAUUCCAUGACGGCCUGUUGGAGCUCACUGCCGGAACGUAAAUCGUACCACGAAAUUGUUGCCACCGACUUCUGAUUAUUUCAGACUGCACGUCUAAUCACGUUCAACUCCCAGAGUUCCUUCAUCCCAACGAAUUGGGUACACUUUUUCUACCGUAGGUUGUUGAACAGAUAUUGUCCGAGGGACGUCGUUUGAGCAAGGAGAUGCAGUCCAAUGGGACCUAUCAGGACCUCAUCAAACCGUGGGCCCUGAGAUGCCCACCGUUGAUGUUUCAGUGGCAUGGCAAGGCGUAUCUGGGUGCUGCUCACGGCUUUGCUGGCAUCUUGAUGACCUUGCUGAAGGUGAGUGACAAAUAGCGUCAUAAACAGGACAAACUAUAAUCCCCCUCAAAUUUCAAUGUUCUGCACAAAAAUACAUUUAACCCUUUGGUUCUCGACGUAUAGACGGUCAACAGGCACUUGACAAUAAUAUCAUUGGCGGUGUUUUUGCAUGGAAAGUCAGAAAAAAGGUUCCUAACACAAACUGUCUGUAGAAAUGGCUUUUUAUAAGUAAUUGAGCACUUUGCGACUACAGGAAAGAGCUCUUAUUUGAAGAUGUUUGACUUCGAUAAAAUGUCUUCUCCAAAGCAUAUUAAGAUGACUGCAAACACCCUAAAGUUUGGAAGUUGCCAUUUUGUCUUGACGGGCGAGGGGAGCGAUUAAUAAAGCCUGAUGGACAGAAAGAUCGGACAUAUUUCAACGACCGACGGACGUCUGCUUCAUUGACCUUGCCGCCGUUUUUGAUUCCGCUCUUCGUGAGUUCCUGUGGCGGAUAAUGGCGCUAGAUGGUGUACCGACAAAAAUAACCGCCAUGACCAAGGCGUAUUAUCGCUCCAUAACUGCGAGUGUCCUGGUCCGCAACAAUCUUUCCCAACCAUUAGGUAUUCGGUCUGGCGUUCGAAAGGGUUGUAUCCUGUCGCCCAUUCUGUUCAAUGAUGCUAUUAACUCCCUCUCCAUCGCCACUAAGAUUCGCGUGUACCGUGUAUCUGUCCGGUCUGUCCUUCUCGACGGUUGUGAAUGCCGGGCUUUGCUCGUGGAGGACAAGCGAGAACUGGAUGUAUUUGACCACCACUGCCUGAGGACCAUCCUUCAAGUGAAGUUCACCGACUUCGUCUCAAAUGAGACAGUCCGCGCUGGCUGCGCCAACAUCGGAAGGAUAACUCAGGCCAUCCAAGAAAGACGACUGAGGUAGUUCGGGCAUGUUCUUCGUCGUCCACCUCAGGAGCUCAGUGUUACUGCCCUCGAUCCGGCACCGUUGCCCAAUUGGAGGCGUCAAAGAGGGAGUCAGUUCAAAACCUGGCUCGACACAUUUCGUCAAGACGUGGAGGUGGUUCUUGGACCUUCGGUAUUCGGUCUCCGUCGUUGGCGAGGGGAAUGGGUUGAGCUGUCCAGAUCUGCUGCCGCGGAUCGUCACGCGUGGAGAGGUGCAGUUCGUGAUAUCAUCGAGGCCGGCUAGAUCAGGCAUGAUCGCAGCCCUAUCAAGUACAAGUAAUACGAGAUGGACAGAAAUUCAACGCGGAAUAUAUAUUGGAAAUCAGUCGAAGGGAUUUCUCAACGCCGCGCGUGUGACAAAAAACCUGUCAGUUUAGCCGCGUCGUUUGAAUACUCUGCUCUUACAUCCCAGGUAAGUACGGUCACUUGGUUUUCAGGUGGCGGUGUUAUUAAAGAGACGUCGACCACUUCCGCGACCCUGCCACCCCUGACUGUCUCCUGUCCUUCUGUUUCAUCGCGCUUAUGCAGCGGCGGACGCCUCUGCAGCGUCCUUAGCGAUCGUUGCGUCAGGAAAUUUAUCUCGGGCACACCCACAGCCAACUCCGAGGUCUCGGCCGCGCGGCGAUUGCCGAAGGCCGCGUCUCUGAAUACAGAGCCAAGCUCAUUUUUCGCCACACUGUGGCCACGUGGAACUGCUCAAAGCAAUUCUGGCGGUAAUAGAAACUUUCCAAACUAUCAGAAUUUAGAAAUAACCGACGCGGAGCGGAAUUUGGUCGGUAUUUUAGCACUCAAGUCCCUUGUUAUGAACUUGAAGGGGAUGAGACGAUGUGGCUAUCUUUAUUACUGCUGAAUUAAUAGGGAGCGAUCGAUGAUGCGAAAGAAACGAAAACAAAUUAGCGCUGAAAAAAAAGAAAGAUACGCAUUUAAGUUUUGUCAUUCGCAGUCACGAGCCUGCUAAUCAAUCUUCCAGUGCGUAAACAGUUGCGCGAGCCAAGAGAAAAAAACAGCCCGAGAGAUAAUUGAGAAUAGAUCCAGAUUCAAACUGGUCCUGAAAAAAAUCCUCUGUUAAUUACCUCGGCAACCAGGACCGACCGUCUAGAGGGCAGCACGUGAUUCCGCGGUCGCACAGUACGUGUGCUGACUCCUGGGAUGUUUCUUUGUCUACAAAACAUCCUCACCCACUUUGAGACUGGCUCAAAUAUCUCGACCAAAACUGCCAAUAAAUAAUGAACGACUCUAAGGUCCUCUAAAGAGUAGCGGAAAUGGGGAAAACGCGAAAAAUCAUGCCACAAUUAAACUCAAGUUUAAGAAGUACAGCAAACCUCUCCAUGUGCUAUCUCAUGAAAUGUUCACCGAAUUUCUAAAAUGCUUGCUUAAUUCGAAGAGCUUGCUUAGGUAGGGUUUUCAUGUUAAUUUUCAUGUCGCAUAAUACCAACGCAUUCCGGUCACUUCAGGAUGCCAACUUUCGAACGAGCUCUUUGCCGCCCGUUUGCGUAAAUUAAAUUCCACAAAAAUGACUACUUGAGUAGCGUGAAUUUUUCCCAUUGAUUUUCGACGCCCUUAUGAAUAAAGGCAUAUUUUAUAGAAAAAAUGCGAAAAUUCCCUCCUUUACUCAUUUCGUGGGAACUUUCGUCUUUUUCAAAUUUUACACUUCGAGAAAGAGCGUCUUUCGAUUUCAAAAAGUUUCUGAUUGUGAGAUUUUUCAAGUCUGCCAAAUGGUCACUAGUACAGCGUCGCACCAGCGUAUUUAUUACGGCUACUUAUAAAGUGGAUAGUAUGGUCGUCCACAUCCAUUACGAAAUUAACUGAGUCCUAUUUGUCCUCUUCAUGAUAGCAUAUAUAAAUAAGUGAUUUUCCUUGUCUCCACAGUAUGUGGUUUGUAGUUCAGAAACCCCGAAUGCAAAUUUAAAGGGAGGUCGGGUUAAAAACGUAUUCGGGGAUUGACAAAAUUUUUCAAAACCGAGAGAUACUCUUUCUUAAAGUAAAAGAUUUGAAGAAGACUUAAUUUGCUACCCAGUGAGUAAAAGAUGGAAUAGUUUGUGCAUGUUUUCUGUAAAAUGUAUAUGAACUUAUGAGGGUGUCGAAAAUCAAUGAAAAUAACUGAUGCUACUUAAACAGCAAUUUUUUCGGAAUACGGUUUAUGCCAGUGGUCGCCAAAAAGCCAAUUCGAAAGCCGAAAUCUUGGCGUGACUGGAAUAUCUUAGCAUUAUGCAACACGACAGUCAAUGUGACAACUGUACUUGAGGAACCUUUUUGAAUUGAAAAAAAACAAUUCAAAAUUGUAGGCAACAUUUAAUAAGGUAACAUAUCUCCUGUAAGUAGCGCGCUUAGAGAUAGUCCUUUAGUACAGUUUACACGCAAAUAUCCCCGUAUCUGUCACUGUCCCUGAUGAUGGGUCCGAACGUGAAUUCGAAACGUUAGGCGGAUAAAGCUCUGGGUCCAGCGACCGCUUCUACUUCUUAAAAAAUAAUGUUAUGCCAAGGAUGGCCGUUAGCAAGCAGCGUACUGCCUGACUAUAGAUUCAGAGACGAUUUCUCAAGAAAUUCACUUUAAUUUCCCCUCUUUUUGCAUUGUUUGAGACGCGACCAGCUAAGGCACUUCAGUCAACAUUUAAUGAAACAGCAUAUCUACUGUAGGUAGCACGGAUAAAGAUAGCUCUUUAGUAAAAUUUACACACAUAUGUAGUGUCAAGAGUGGCCGCUACUAAACAGCGUACUGUUUAAGUAUAGAUUCGAAAACGACUUCUCCAGAAUACUGCCUUAAUGUUACCUCUUUUUGUCGUGUUUGAGAUGCGACUGACUAAGUUAAAAAAGAUUUCGUCCGUUUUCAUCGAUAGGGACGUCACAAGAAUAAACGUUUUCAGAUCAGCCAAUGACUGAGAGAUUUAAAUGGAAUUAGCGGAUGCAAUCAUAAACAUACCGUUUUGAGUGUCUCGAGAGAGGAAGUGUCUUCCGUAAAAUUACUGUGUGCUUGUUAAUGACGGUGGAGUACCAUGAGUCGGGGUGCGGUGGCAGACCCGGUCGCGCACAUUGGGAUCUCUGCAGCCCUCCCCAUUGUUGUUGUUGGUUAAAAAUCUGGUCAUUUGUUGUGUGGACCAGAGAGUGUGGAGUGGAACGCCAAGGUGCGGACCCGACCGUGCCAUCCACCUGCGCCCUCCCCCGUCUUGACAUCGAGUCCAGAUGGGGGACGAGGAGAGAGUACGGUAGAUGCUGUGCAAGUCUACUAUCACUAUAGACUAAUUCAUGCGCAAGUUACCGUCCCUGCACACGGUGGACAUCGUCGGCAACGACGGUCGAACUGCCGGAGUUCAAUGAGGUUAAGAGCGUUCAUAAGAUGUUAGCGAGUACUUUGCAGUUUUCAGGGUUCCCAGUGGACUACUCCUAAAGUUUGUCCAAACUCCUAAAAUAAAAUUACUCUUCUUUCGUAAAAAAUCACGCAUGGGUGCGCAAAUGUUGUCUAGGACAGCUAAUAAAGUAGGGAAUUGCCCGAGCAUGAGCCAAUGCAGAUUUCCACUUACAUUUUUAGACAUUUUGCCUUAUAAAAUUGCUCAGUAAUAUUCUAAACAAAAAGAACAUUUUCAGAGAAGAGUUAGGCGACUACGUAAGGUGAAGCACGUUGGAGGUGUCGAGAAAUUAUCGUCUAGAUCCCCCAUCAUCGCGUUUUUUGCAUUAGGCCACAUACUGUGUUUGCAUCCACCGUCGUUUGUUGCCCUCAGGGGACUCUCAGAGCGUCAAAUAUCUGCACCAUCCUCCACCAGGGUUCUCCUGAAUUUACCAUUUCCACAUUUAUCCAGAGAAGCCCUCAGAAUCCACUAACACUUGGAAAAUGAAAAAAAGUCCACGAAAAAGGCGUAUUUAGGUGGCGGUGGAAUGGGUUGUUUCAUCCUGAUUUCAGGACGCAAUGCCUGGAGACCCCGCAGGCCCGUAGAUGUGAUGACUCAUAAAAUGUCAUGAGGUAUCACAAGAAAGUCUCUUUAGCGCAAAAUCAGCCCAGACCGUGCUCUCCAAAGUCAUACCACAGUAAAAAAACGACCGUUCUUAAGCAGAAGGCAUAGUUUUGUUCAUAAGUGAAUGUUCACCAGCAAAAUAUUUUUCCACCGUAAACAAGAAUUUCAGAGAAUGGCUAUAUUGCAAGUCGCUUAAAUAGGACUAAAUAUAAGGGUGCAUAGGAAAGAGGGACUCAUAAAAAAGGGAAAAUAAUGAUAGAAAAUAACCAAUAAACAAGAUCGGUAUAUUGUUGAUUGUCUAUCUGCAUUUAACGCCGCAGACAGUCUCUCAGAUAUAGAACUGGCGAGGUUGUCUAUAGUGGAUUGUUUACUGUGGUUAUCUAGCAAAAAUCAGACUUUUCUUGCAUUGAAAGUUUCUUGUUUGCCUUGUGCCAAUGUCUUUUGAUAAGGGUGAAGAGAAAAGUGACAGCAUGUCGUAGGUACCCAAUAUAAAUUCGUUUUUGUUUAGCAAUUCUCGGUGUGAUAAAACAAACGACUGCCGAACAAGUUUAUUACUGAGUUUAUGCACUAAACGCCGCAACUUUACAAAACAGAAUUUUAUGAGCUUAAUUCACCCUUUUUCUCAAAACGAUGCAUUUCCUCAUAUCCGCUCUCACCUGAUUCUCUUGGAAUAAAAGUCCAAAUUUCCAAUUUUUAAACUUUUCUUUUUUAUAUUCAUGUUCGUUGAUAGCACAAUGCGCAUAAACUUGAGACUUUGGCUUUUACAUUUUAGUAGCCUAGGAAAUUACCUGAGUAUCAUGAAGGGUCAUAUUUCGCUCAAAUCUGGCCUGUUGUCCCUUAAUAAAACAGAGUUGAAAUUAAUCCCUCUUCAGUAAGUUUCUUCCUGCGUCUCAAGUAAGUUCAACGAAGACAAGAAAGAACACUCAAUGUAUGGCAUACUACUCAUUCGAAUUUCGGUCACGGUAUUUCAUGAGUUAGGCCACCCACCACAGGUAUUGCCGACAAAGGCAGAAUGAUAUUACCGACAAAGACAAGGGAAACUGCCUAUACGGCUGCUAGUUGGGCUAGAGAGAGAGAGUCCAUAAGGCACAACGGAACGAGUGAGUCCCGUAAGAACGAUCGGUGAGCGCCCCCUACCAUUGUAUAUUCCCGAUCGAAAACCGACAGGGCAGCGGGGCUCGUGGCUCCGUGGUUAGAAGCGCGAGUUCGAGCCUCGGGUGUUCCACACUUCGGGGUUGGGUAUGACUGGCUGACGACGUCUAAUAAGCCAGAAAUGGCCAUUCCAGUCUCCCUUGUCUUUGUCAGUAAUAACAUUCUGCCUAUAUCAUGCGCCGCUGUACGGCUGCUGGUGGGGUUUGAGAGAGAGAGUCCAUAAGGCACAACGGAACGAGUGAGUUCCGUAAGAACGAUCGGUGAGCGCCCCCUGCCAUUUCCGACAUGGUCGGUAGACCACCAGUCGAGGUAACAGGCAGAGGAUCUUCCCAGCCUGACCUUAUGGCAUGACUGGCUAGCAGAUAUUACAGUUUUGUCUCUUCUUAUCUGCGCUAUUCUUCGAUUGUUAGUUGCCCACCGUCGCGCGAACACCCCGCGAGGGCCCUAUACCUCCGCUCAUGGGGAUUUAGAAUGCUCACGCUGCUUCUCGCAACGCGAUGGUCGCCUGUCUCAUUCUCACACGUAAACUUGAGUAUUUCAAACCGCGGCUGACGGGCCCUGAUCCCAUGGCUCAGUCCAACAUGCAGCCGGAACCUAGUUUAAAUCUGCGUCCGACUAACGAUGGCUACUGUAGUAGAUGUGCUAACGCAUGACAUGUUAACCGGAAUUCUGAAAUGCGUUUUCAACUCGAAAAGAUUACUUAAGUAGGGUUGUGAUAUACAUCAUCUUGCAGCAUAAUCGCAAGAUAUUUCAGUUACUUCAGAAUGUAGGCUCUUGAACGAACUUCUCUUCGGCCGCCUGCGAAGGCUACGCUCUGUAAAAAAUGGCUACUUUAGUGGCAUACAUUUUUCUAAUUGAUUUUCGACGGCCUUAUAAAUUAAAAUAUAUUUCAUCGAAGACAUGCACAAAAUACCCAUUCUCCUGUCAUUUCGUAGAAAAUCACGCCUUCUUCAAAAUAUAUGCUUAAAGGAAGGGUACGAUUGAGUUUUAAAAGUUUCUGAUCAUGAGAUUUUUCAAGAAGAUGGAGUUCCCGUUCAUAAAACAUCGUGUCUCAGCAUUUACUAAUGUUUCUGGUAGUUUACUACAUGCUUCAAACCCACUGCUAAAUUUUAUAAACGCCAUAUAGUUUUCUCUUAAUACUGCAUAUAAAUGUGUGACUUUCCGUGCACGGAAAAUAUACAAAUCGUAUUUUGAACACCCUGAAUUCAAGUGUAACGGCAGGUCGGAUUCGAAAUUAUUCGGGAAUCGGAAACGUUUUUAAAACCGAAUACUACCCUACUGUAAGUCGAAAAUGGCAAUCCCAGUCUCCCUUGUCAUUUUUGUGAAACCGUUCCUGCCGACGGUCGAUCGAGGUCCUUUAGAACGUUUUAAAUCCUAGAGCUCAGUCAGUUCUGUUUUUGUGGUGGUAAGCGGUCGGUCGGUCGUCGGAGAUUUUGUAGUCACAGCGAAGUCAGGUCUUCCUGAACAAUUUACAACCAGACUGUUCGCGGUUAUGCGAAAUUGCCGGUCGAAAAAGGCCGGUUACAACAGGCAUUAGCUCUUAACGCCUCCUCUAGCAGCAGGAAUUGGAACUCACCACCUCCGCCGUUGCCGCUGUCGUUGUCGUCGCAGUUGACAAACCCUGGAACUGCUCCUUGCUGCUUCAAAAAUCGUUUAGGGACAGCCGAGAGCGUAGUCAGACGUCUGAGACAAGAGUACAGUAGAUGUGCUAACUCAUGAAAUGUCAACCAAAAUUUCGAAAUGCGUUCUCGUUUCGAAAAGAUAAAUUAAGUAAUGUUGUAAAACCAAUCAUGAUGCAGCAUAAAUAUAUAAUGAUCCAGUUACCUCAGGGUGUCGGCUUUCGAAAGAACUUUUUUUCGGCUGCAUGCAAGAUCUAUACUCUGCAAAAAUGACUACUUACUUAGUAUGCAAUUUUCUCAUUGAUUUUCGAUGACAUUGAAAAUUCAAUCAUAUUUCAUGGAAAACAUGCAUAAAAAUAUACAUUCUUCUACUUAUUCGGUAGAAAAUCACGUCUUCUUCCGAUGUUAUACUCAAAUGAAGAGUAUAAUUCGGUUUUAAAAAAGUUUCUAAUUGUGAGAUUUUUUUAAUACCGUUAAAUGGCCGUUCAUGAAACGUCAUGUAUCUGCAUUUACGAAUGUGGCUUGUAAAGCUUACAAUAUUGCUUAAAUCCACUGCUUAAUUUUAUGAACCUCAUAUGGUCUCCUCUUAACACCGUAGAGAAAUGAAUGGUUUUCUAUACACGGAAAAUAAACAGCUUGUAGUUUCGAAACCCUGAAUGCAAUUGUAACAGCAGGUCGGGUUCAAAAUUAUUCGGGAAUUAGAAAAGUUUUUUUAAAACUGAAUUAUACUCUUCUUUUGAGUCUGAAAUUGGAAGAAGACGUGAUUUUCUACCGAAUAAGUAGAAGAAUGUAUAUUUUUAUGCAUUUUUUCCAUGAAAUAUAAUUGAAUUUUCAAGGGCAUCGAAAAUCAAUGAGAAAAUUGCAUACUAAGUAAGUAGUCAUUUUUGCAGAGUAUAGAUCUUGCAUGCAGCCGAAAAAAAGUUCAUUCGAAAGCCGACACCCUGAGGUAACUGGAUCAUUAUAGAUUUAUGCCGCAUCAUGAUUAGUUUUACAACAUCACUUAAUCUAUCUUUUCGAAACGAGAACGCAUUUCGAAAUUUUGGUUGACAUUUCAUGAGUUAGCACAUCUACUGUAGAUCAUCCAGCUGACUCUGUUAGCGGUCGCCUCCCGCUUCUCCGAAUUUUCCAAUUCACUGCAUAUCUGGCUGCCCCGAGCGAGAAGCCGGUUGGGGUUAUUCGUUUACCGCACAACACACUGCCGUUGAGGUUCCGACAGCAGCCCGACGUCUCCAACAAGACGAGGUCACGGUUAGACCUGACCACCUGCCGGCGUUUGUGCCACCUCCCCCGAUGUCAUUUUAAGUAACCCUUAAGUGCUUUUCACUGGCCCGCUGACGCAAACAUUGGUCUCUCGGUUAUUCGCGACUUUCAGCGCGAAGCUGGUUUUUCCAUCCUUUAGAUGGGGCCGACGUGGCCACUUCCGCCAGCCAAUCAUGUGAGAACUUAAGAAGUAUCACGGGUUGGUAGACAAAUUACAAAACAUGUCGAACUCUUGGCAUAUAUGUUCUUGAACGUCAGCGGUACAGUCUUCUUUGACAUCUUCAUCUUCUUCCUCACCUCUGUCCACCUCCCUAACCCCAUACAUUGCCGCCGCCUUUCUAUGCUUGUCGGCUUAUUUUUCAGAUUCACCAGCAAAUGCCACAGGCCCUACCAGACGCAGCCCUAGAUGACUUAGUCAUUCCCACAGUCACCUGGCUAUCAGAGCUACACUUUGACGGUGAAGAACAUUACAAUUGGCCUUCUAGCCUGGGCAACAGCAAUGAUCGGCUCGUUCAGUGGUGCCAUGGGGCACCAGGCAUCAUACCGCUGCUGCUUCUGGCUCACAAGGUAAGUAUCUGAUGCGUGGACUGCAAAGUAAUAUGUAAUUCGAAGGUGUUGGACUGCGAGGUAAGCAAGAAGAGGAGUUUCCUCUUAAACGCCCACUUUCAGCUGCCCUGAGCGACUUCUGCACCGAGGGUAGAUUAUUUCUGCACGGAUAGCGAAUGUGGCUCUACCCAUACUUUAUUCCAAGAAAAUACCUACUUAUUUAAUUUACGUAGGCAUGUUAUGGGAGGGCUACGGUUGUGCUUAGGCCUACGAAUAGGAUUAAGGUUAGGUUUAGGAUUAGAGUUGCGGUUAGGGUUAAGUUUGCGUGCCGCAUACCGUCUUACCGAAUCCGCGCUUCUCAAAUCAGUGGCCUUGGCUUACCUAUUUUCUGUGCGUUUACGCACUCUUAAUUAGCAUUUUAAAAUUGCGCCUCCUCUUCCGACACCUUGUUGGAGUAGUGAGAUGAGCAUAUGCCAGAAAUGUUCGUUUUUUCAACGCCUUCCACAGCUUCCUUUUAUUACCGCAGCACAGCUCUAUAACCCCCUUUUGUGACCCUGUCUGAACCCCAUUUGGAUCCAACACAUCUCUAAAGCAACGCCGCGGUAAUUAUAACUCGGUGGUGAUGGGAAGCGUAGUUAAACUGCUACAAAAGAUGACCACCUCUUAAAUCUUUACAUCCCAUAUGUUUGUAUUGCUCGUGAAUUUGCUCAUUUUGGUAUGAGCGUAGAUGACGUUACAAUUGCUUUAGACACCAUUACAGCCGUUAUACACCCCAUUUGUUAGCCUUUUUGCAUUUACACCAAAAGCACUACUUGAAGGUAACCGAUGAUUCACGCACCAAGCGGCACACUGAGUUAGAUGCCGUGUAUAAAAGCUUCAGAGGAAAGUAGAAGAGAUGGGCAUCAAUCAAUACAGAAUGACGAACAUGGAGACCGUUUACUGAGCGUAAACACCGUUGAAUGUCGAUUUUUGUGCACAUUUUAAAAUGUCUGGCGACAAGACAGCUGAAAAAACAUCAGAUGCGGGUAGCACACCGCCCCCAAUUACCUAUAAAUUGAAUAUUAGGUACAGGAAGCUAUCAGAGGAUACAGAGGGGAUCUUCCUGUCUUUGGUUGAAACUCUGUCUUCUGGGCCAAAUGCUCAUCCGACGCCGUCCAACUGGCUAGCUGAUAAGUAGGUCUGAAGGCUUCGAGACGUGUUCGGGAUCCCCAAUGAAUACUGACCAUGAAACUACCGUGAAUGCGGCAGAUAGUAGGCCCACGUUUACCUUUAUAGUCAUCGCUGUCCCUUGCUGUGGUCUUGCGACCGAUAGAGUCAGUAUUUGGGCGCCUUGUUUCGUCAAAAGAUCUGGAUUCUGCACUGACAGUGACGUAAGUCGAUACACCCUUUGUCACCUAAAACCAUAGCAUUAGUUUAUGAAAAACAACCAGUUAACUGUGUUCCUGGACAUGUCUAGCUAUAUUUCGUGGUUGGUCUUGUUCUAAGCAGUGAACAUUGAGUUCAAACUGGAGGUAUGUGCCAACGGAAAUGAUGACUUUCAUCCGAAUCUUGCAGAUAACCUCAGACGCAUCUUAUCUGGAAAAGGCAGAGAAGGGUGGCAGGGAGGUUUGGAAGCGCGGCCUCCUCAAGAAAGGCUGUGGCCUCUGUCAUGGCUCUGCUGGCAACGGGUACGCCCUCCUUAGUCUCUAUCAGCACACUCAUAAGUCGGAGUACCUUCAACAGGCUGCUGUGGUAUGUGCCGUUCCCUUUUCUCCCUGUCCUUCAAUUUCCAAUGCAAAUCUGCGGUUUUUGUAAGUUAAUAUGAACUAUCUACUUAUAAUUUACGAGUAGCAGAUAAAUCCAAAUCGUAUUGUAGCUGCUGGUCGUGCGCAAAUCCUAGUUCUUGUUCUUCCAUUUCCUGCAUACAUGCGGCAUUAUCUGACUGAACGUUGUCUGCUUUAGUUUGCCGAAUGGUGUACAGAUUACUUCAACAAUGCUGAACGGACCCCGGAUCGUCCUCUUUCUCUGUUUGAAGGUACUCUUUUUAGAGUUGCAACUUCCUGCAUCACGAAUUUCCUUUAAGAACUCAAACCUCUUAUGAACAAGUUUUUAUGUCUACUGAUCAAAACUUACUCAAAUAACCCUCCAAAUACCUACAGCCUCGUCGAAAUAACUUAAAUCAUUCACCAAAACAGACACAAAGCAUCCUUCGCUUUGAGCCAGUUGUUUAUGUCAAACUCGGGGUUUUUGAAGGGACUAUAAUUUCCGUGUCAAGCGUAUGAGUAUGGAGGUAAUCUUUCCAUACUGUAUCCUGUCAAGGUGUUAUCUGCUUCUGGCAAACUCUCUUUUUAAUCUAAGUUAACGUUAAAGCACAGGAAUAAUGACACCUAAGACAUUUUUGCGAAAUCAGGCUGUGACGAAAUCGAGGGAACUCUACACCUCCGUUUUUUAAUGUUUUAAUGACACUUUUUAUUUCAUUUUCUCCAUUUGUCUUCCACAGGGAUUUCCGGCGCGAUCUGGUUUCUCCUGGACAUGCUGGAACCAGUCUCUGGCAAAUUUCCAAUCCUGCAUUAA